UCACGCCUCAGAAUUCAGGAAGACAGACUUAUCCACUGUGCCCUGUACCAUUGCCAUCUCUCUGAGGAGCUGCCUGUACACCAGAGGCACAGAGAGAGAGAGAGAGAGAGAGAGAGAGAAGCUGCAAUACAGCUAUGGCGGCAGUGAACCUGGCCACAGCUUCGCAGGCAUACCGUUUGGGUGUGCGGAAGCCAGGAAUGGUCUCUCCAAUUGGGUCGAAGCAAUGCUCCUUCAAACCACCGCCCUGCUUUUCUGCUGAUUCUGCUCCUUUUUUCUCGAAAAUGAUUCCUGAUUCUAAAGGAGUUCUCCGAGGUCACCAGAAUAUAAACAUGUCUGCGAAGGCAGGGUCCCUUACAUCAGAUAAUAGCAGUGAGCCAUCAAGACGCUGCAUUGUUCUCGACAUUGAAGGGACCACUACCCCUAUAUCAUUUGUCACUGACGUGCUCUUUCCAUAUGCUCGUGACAAUGUGGGGAGACAUUUAGAUGCAACAUAUGGCACUGCUGAAACUCAAGAUGACAUUAAGUUGUUGCGCUCUCAAGUACAGGAUGACUUAACAGGAGGAGUUUCUGGUGCUGUGCCUAUCCCUUCCGAUGAUGCUGACAAAGAGGAGAUUAUUGCAGCUUUGGUUGCUAAUGUGGAAGCAAUGAUAAAAGCUGACAGGAAGAUCACUGCCUUAAAACAGUUGCAGGGUCAUAUAUGGAGAACUGGAUUUCAGAAUAAUGAAAUUAAGGGUAUAGUUUUUGAUGAGGUACCUGAAGCUCUCGAGAAGUGGAAUGCUUUAGGCAUCAAGGUGUACAUAUAUUCCAGCGGUAGCAGAUUGGCACAAAGGCUCAUAUUUGGCAAUACAAACUAUGGGGACUUGAGAAAAUAUAUGUGUGGAUUUUUUGAUACUAAAAUGGGGAAUAAGAAAGAAACAACCAGUUACAUUGAGAUCUCAGAAUCAGUUGGAGUGGAUAAGCCAUCAGAGAUCUUGUUCAUCACCGACGUCUAUCAAGAAGCUGUAGCUGCUAAAGCAGCAGGGUUGGAGGUGAUAAUUUCUGUGCGGUCAGGAAAUGGACCUCUGCCAGAGAAUCAUGGAUUCAAGACAGCUAACUCUUUCUUAGAAAUCUAAUAUUGGAUGUUUUGCCAUUUUGUAAUCUUCUCAACAUGUAUUCGGUUUUAUGCAUUUGCCAAUCAAAGUUUCCUUUCCACACAGAACCUGAGCCAGUCUCAUCAAUGCAAUUGUUAUUGGAUCCAUUAUUUAUGUCCUA